CUAACCUCUCUUCUCUUUAUUGCUUUCUUUUCUUUCUUUCCUACCUUGCUCUUCUUCUUAGCUUGGCUUCCUUAUCUCUUUUUCCUUUUUCCUUUUUCUUUUUCCCUUUCUGUUUCUUUUCGAAGUGAUUGUACUUGUUGACUUCUUCAUCUUUCGAACCAUCAUUUGGGGUGCGGCCUUUCUGACAUGGGAGAGCCCCAGGAGUUGGGUGUGAGGGGAGCACUGACCGAUAAGAUAACAACUUGGUAGGGGUCUGUGGGAACUUGGAAGCUGGGGUGCCAAUCCCCUGUUCCACCAAUUCAUUUGAUAGAACUGCAGCCAGAACUGCGGAUGAAAGCCUCAGUCCCUGAUAUGCGCCGCCGCCUCGAGUUUCCAAGUUGAUCUGAGCUUGCACAACUUCUCCCGAGCAAUUGAUACGGCUCGGGCCACCAAGCAUCGGCUUUCCACAGGGAAUACGGCGGCGUCAAUCACCUUGAGGUUUGGCAUCGCAAAUGGAUGAGUAUCCCGCCGGCAGCUUGGAUCACAAUGUGCCCCUCCUGCUCACGCUGGGGACAAGGACAGGCAGUGGCUACGAUGCCGGGCUGGGCGCCAGUCUUAAAGAACAGGCCGUCCUCAUUCGAUCUGACCUCGCGCCCCUCGAUUCGGACCAGGCGCAUGCGCUCUUGCGCUACAUCCGAGACCGCGAUGCAUCCGAGUUGCCCUGUAACGGGCGAGAUGCCUCUGGGAGGAAAUACCGGUUUCGAGUCAAAACCGCUGAAAGAUCAUUGCUGCUCCCGCCGCGCCGUGCCCGUCUGCCGGAAGGCAUCGAAGCUCCCUCGCCAUCCGCGACCCCGGCCCCCGUGCUGCACUCUCCGUACUCGCCCCUGAGUCCCAUAUCCCCGCUGUACCCAGACGGCCUGAUCGACACGCAAUGGAUUCGCAAACAUCAGGAGCUCGUCCCAAGUGUCCUUCUCUGCUUCUAUGCGCUAGUCUCCGACCCCACGCUUGCCAAGCUCUGUGACAACCAGAUCAAGACAGAUAUAAACACCAUCAGGGCCUUGUUAAGCCAGUCCGGUUAUAAGACGCGACUGGCGGUGGUGCUCCUGAGCGACCAUGUCUCCUCGGCUGCCUCCUUCGACGGCGUCCAAGAGCGGUUGGAAACCAUCCGCCGGGGAUCAGGGCUGGACUCCAAAGCGCUGUUCCUCGUGCCAUUCACUGAUUCCCAAGAGGAGCUCGAGCGUGUGGCUGAGAAUAUGCUCACCACACUCUACACCGUGUCGAUUGAGUACUACCGGGAUCUCGGAAGGCAUUCUCGCAAGAAAAGGGGUCGAGGGACUGUACCUCAACCGACGGUGCCGCCAACCUCGGGCACCUCGCAGACACUCUCGCUGGCCGGGUGGAAUGUCCGCUACGAUUUCAAAUCGGCUAUGUUUGCCGAAUACCGCCUGGAGAUGGACGUUGCUCUGCGCUCGUAUGAACAAGCCUACGAGAACCUUCUGAGCUCCGAGGUGAUGGAGUUGAUUCCCAGCUGGAGUCCGCGGUGGAACGAAGCCAGGUUUCUAGCAGAUGUCGUUUCUGUGCGCUGUCUCCGAUGUUUGUUUUGGAACGGCCAGCACAGCGCAGCCGCUCGUCGAUGGCAGUUUCACCGGGAAAGGAUCGCGGACCUUGUCGAACGGCAAGGCAGGGGCACCAAGAACUACGGCUGGGAAGCGUGGGAGGCCCGCUGGGCGGUCGUCAUGGCCGAUCUCAUCGACAAGACCGACAUACCAGAGCUCGCGCCGACCACGCUCCGGCUCUACCUUCCGCCAGAGAAGAGUAUCAUGGGAGAGCGGCUGCAGCCUUGGGAGCUGCUCCACCACACGGGCUACUGGCACCGUAUGGCGGCGAAGCACUUGCAAGCGCGGAAGGCCUUCGCUCGCGCCAUCCCAGAGGACGAUCGGAGAUCGCCGAGCACCUCGCCGGCCUCCCACGUCGCAAAGUCUGCCUUCGCAUACGACACGUACAUGUGCCCUGACCCCCACGAAGAAUACCCGCUGGGCCGUGCAGGCGUAGACCAUAGCCAAAUGAUCGUUGACCGCUUGAUCCGGGCACGCGCCGAGUUCCUCAAGCGGCGCCAGGCACGCUUUGCGGCCGAGGUGACGCUGGAAUGUGCCAGAGAGCUUGCCGUUGCGAAGGACUGGCAGAACAUCGUGCAGCUGUUGCGCCCGAUCCGGAAGGACAUGCCGUUCAGGGCUGAGGGCUGGGUUCCAAUAGCCGAGGAGCUGAACUGGGCCCUCCGGACCGCGGCUGCAGAAGCUGGAGACGCCGAGUUGGUGCUCCUGGCUGACUGGGAGCUGCUCUCUCGAGACUUCACAAAGCGGCCAGGCUGGCAUUACGACAUUACGAAAUCGCUGGAAGACGUCCCUCUCAAGUCCAAGCCCAGCGUAUCGAUCCAGGAUGGCCAACUUAUUUCCUUCGUGUCCGCGUCCUUCCUCUUCAAGAACGAAGAGGGUAAGGCGGGGCAAAGCGUCCGCAGCCAACUGUGCAUCAAGUCCAACGCACACCAAGGAUCAGCGCCUGUUGUUCUGCAGAGCGUCUAUGUCAGCUUCAGCGGCAGCCUGGAUGGUGUUGUGUUGCGGCACCGGGAAAAUGAGCAAGCAUCACAACAUACACAUAGCAAAGCGACAGUUACCACGGUUCCCCUGGCCAAGCAUAUUGGUAGCGAUGCACAACCCGAGUCAUCUACGCCGGACGAAGCCAACAAUGGCGUCACCCUCCUUGGGUCUGCCGACUUGACCCUGCGCCCGGGUCAGACUCUCGUCUUCAACAUGGAAAUACCCCUACGAGAGCCUGGUGAGACACGGGCGGAUUCGCUCACCUUAAACGUCGAGUCCGAGGCAUUCACCUUGCGGCAGUCGCUAAAAUUCCAGGAGAGGAGUAACUCCAGCAUCUGGUGUAUUUCCGGAUCUGCGAUGAAAUCCCUCCCUCACCCGCAUCCCCUUGCCGUCCAUGUCUUGCCUAGGCCUCCCAAAAUGGAGAUCAGGUGUCCAAUAUGGAGGGAGCAGUACUACACGGAUGAGCCAAUCACUCUCAGGUUCGAGGCUGAGAACGGCGAAGACGUUGAGGCUCUUGCCAGAUUAGAUGUGCUCCUGUUCGGGGAAAAACCACCAGCCUUUGCCGUAGAGAUCCCGGGUCACGAGGACCAAGUAUCUUCCAGUGCCCGCAGCGAAGAAGCCAGACUGUCAGGAGUCCCGAUGGGCACCAUUGCGAGCUCCAAUACCAUGGCCGUCUGCCUCCGCCUACCUCCAAUCGAGCGCUCCAGUCGGUUCGACCUGACGCUCAAAGUCACCUAUUUCCUUCCCACCAACCCAGGCACACCCAUCUCCCAAAGGGCCGCGUUCCAGCUCAACAUCGUCAGCCCCUUCGAAGCGAACUACGGCCUCCUCCCUCGCGUGCACCCCGACCCCUGGCCCAGCCUCUUCGACCCGGAAGGCGUCCCGCUCCCAGACACCGGCAACGGGGACGACGACAACCACGCCCCCGCGCCUCCGAAAGGCAUCUCGCAAGCAUGGUGUCUCGUCACACGCUACGCCUCCUUCGCCUCGGAACCGCUUCGCGUAACCGAUGUCGAUAUCACCAUCCAACAAGCAACCCCGACCAUCCGUUGCUCCUCCACCAAACGCACCGGCGUCCUCCCCGCCUCCGGCACAGGCCGCCUCGUCCACCCGAAAACCAUCGAAGAAGCCGCCUUCGACCUGGUCGCCCAGAAAGCCACCGUCGACGACCGCAGCCCCGCCCCGCUCGACAUCUCCCUAAUCAUCAAGUGGACCCGCCCGGACGCGGACCCGGUCUCGGUUAACACCACCACCCUCCCCAUCCCAAGGUUUACCCUGUUUGGCACGGAGCCGCGCGUGCUGGCCAGUGUGUCCCAUCAUCGAGGCAGUCAGAAUAUGACGAUGAUGACGAUGAUCACGCUGACAGUGACGAUUGAGAACGCGUCGAGCCAUUUCCUAACCUUUGGGCUGUCCAUGGAACCGAGCGAGCAGUUUGCAUUUUCCGGGCCGAAGCAGACGAGUUUGAAUCUGCUCCCCGUGUCCAGGAGGAGUGUGGCGUACCGGCUGCUGCCACUUGCUGUAACCCACCAGGUGAGAGACGAAAGUUUGGGUGGGGAGAAAGGGCAAGAUGAGGCGGAGAGAGCGGAGGAAGAAGAAGGUGGGAUGUGGAUCAGGCCUGCGUUGGUCGUCAGGGAUAAGUACUUCCAGAAGGUGUUGAGGGUGAUUCCGGCGUCGGAGGGCCUGAGGGCUGGGAAGGAAGGGUUGGAGGUGUGGGUGCCGACGCUGGGACUUGGGUUGGGGGCUGCGGAAGGGGGGGAAGAGUGA